AACCUUCCUUCGCGGGCGUUGCGGGCGCCGGGAAGGUGUUGCGGGCAGGACCGUCCCCCGCUCUGACCGGCCGCCAUGCAAUUGCGCUUCGGCAUCCCCAAAGAGGCGCGCUCGCUGCCGCCGCCGCCUCUGCUCAACUUCCCGUCGGUCUGGAUGGCGGGCGUCUUCUGGCUCAGCGCCUUGCUGGACAACGGCGUCAACCGCAGGCCCAUCCUGCGAGCCGGCGUCCACCGUCAAGUCCUGAUGACCACGCUGGGCUUUUGUUUGGGCUACUACAUCAAGAGAUUCUCCAAUUACCACUACGCUGAGCGGGACAGGGAGCUUUUCAGUUACAUAAAGCAACAUCCGGAGGACUUUGUGGAAGAAGAACCUAGAAAGGUGGGAGACAUUCUGGAAAAGUUCACCCCAACUCGCUGAAGUUCUGCCGGCAGAUCCUGUGAUCUUCAGGGUGUUUUCUCUCCUUCCUACUCCUGCGUGUGGAAGCCCUCAGGGGUCUAAUCGCCUGUUGAUAAACGUGGAUUGUAUCCUUUCUAAUAAAAACUAUAUGAAGGUCCA